UAUAGAACAUUGCAGUCACAUGGUGAGUGAUGAAGAAGCAGAGAGACUAAAGAAUGAAGAAACUGCAUAAGAACAGCAAAAAGAAGAGUAGCAGGAAGCUUGCGGUUACACGAAGAAAGAAGAGAAGAAAUAUCGGACGAAAAAGUAACAUAGCGGCAAAAAAUUUGCGCUAUAAAAAGCAAAAAACAUGUUUAUCAACAACAAACAACGAACAAACAAUUGAAGCAGCAAAUCAACAAUUGUCACUUAAACAAGCAAUAGAAUAUUCUGCAACAAUAAAUACUGAAAAAAAUAUUUCACAAGAUGCUACUAAUGUACUUCUACCCAACAAUCAAAUAUUACAAGCUACUGUGUUAUCGAUCCCUCAGGAAAUUCCACAAUCUGAUAUUAAUACCCAUAGAAAAAAGUUGUUACAACAAUUUCAUUUAACUAUAUCGUCUUUUGCGGAUAUUGCUUGUGAUGUUUGUAAAAAAUUAUGCUAUAAAAAGCAGAUAUGUAAUACGAAAAUAUCUGCUAAAACGAUUGAUAUUUUUCCUACCGAAUUACGCGAAUUAAAUGAAAUUAUAACAUGUUUCCGUUGUGCUAAUUUGAUUAAAAAAGGCAAAGUUCCAACACAAGCAUAUUGGAAUGCUAUGUUUUUAGAUGAAAUUCCAGAUGUUUUGCGAAAUUUAAGUGAUAUGGAACAAAGACUUUUGUCAAGAAUUGUUCCAUUUAUAAAAAUUAUUAAGUUAGGUGGACGAUUUGGUCAAUCUGGCUUUCGAGGACAAGCUAUUUUAUUUGCGCAAGAUAUAGAAGAAAUAUCGGAGCAAUUACCAUUACCAAUUACAAAAAUAGGCAUGAUUAUUGUAUGUGAACAACUUGAGAAUGUUGAAAGAUGCCGACAAUUACAAAUUAACGUGCAAAAUUUAUCAGCUGCUUUAGCGUGGUUAAUCCAAAAUAAUCCAUUAUAUCGAAACAUUAAUGUUAAUUUUGACGCUGCAAAUUUUGACAUUUUACAAAUAUGUCAAAUUAUUGUAACACAAGAUAAUGAUAUGAAUAUUAAUGUAAAUAAUGGCCCAUCCACAGAGCAGACAAUAAAUAAGACAAAUUUAAUCGAAAUAGCUGGGAAUAGAGCAAUAAUCAGAGGUUCCAUACAUCAAGGUCAUGAAAUGUUUUCUGAUACUACAAGAGGGAAACAGUGUACUGCAAUUGCGGCGGUUGCUAUAGCUAUGUCUUCAAUACAUCAACUUCAAACUUGGACAAAAAAUCUCAUUGAUACCAUUUUAUUGAUAGGAGAUGCAUUAUAUGUAACAAGUAUAUCGAAGCGUAAGAAUCCUCAUCUUGCUGAAAUUAACAGGGAUUUUUUAUCAAUAGAUGAAUUGCACACAGAUAUUGAAGUCUUUGGAAAUAUUAUUACCCUUUUAAUCACUCCGCAAAAUAGCGUAUCAGGGCAUUUAUAUAAUGACAAUAGCAAUGAAGGAUUUCUUAAUUUGAAAAAUGCUUUAAAUAUUUUUUUUCGAGAUCAUAAUUAUGGUGUAUUAACUGCUAAUGGAAUUUCUGUUUCUAUAUUUCAAUUUGAUAAUAAUUAUUGGCUAUUUGAUUCACAUUCAAGAGGUUCAAAAGGUAGACCAGCACAAAAUGGUACAGCAUGUUUGAUUCGAUUUCCAGCUACGUUAUCAAUGUUUAAUAUGUUAAAAAGUAUUUUACCAAAAUUUUUGGAUAAUACUUUUAAUAAUCAGUAUACCAUUACUGCUGUUUAUCCUCAUAUGCAUUCUAAUGAACAACAAAAUCAAAUACAUAAUACGUACAUUGAAAAUGUAGCAGAAUUAAAGGAGAAUGCUGCAGAAUUGAAUCCAAAUGAUGAGAAUGCUGCAGAAUUAAAUUCUAAUUAUGCGAAUGCUGCAGAAUUAAAUACAAAUAAUGAUAAUUAUAAUAUUGUUAUUAUGUCUUCAGUUUUAAGGCUAGUUGAUGAAACUAUACCUGACGUUCAAUCUGUUAUUGAAAAAGAAAUACAAGAUGCUCCCUUAUACACAUUGCGACGGAAAACUACAGAACCUGUACAGAUGCAUACUGAACUUCGAGCUGAAGAAUUAGCUUGGUUUUUCCUUUUUCAAAAGGACGAAAUGGACUUCAUGAACCAUCACGAUUAUAUCCUAUUACACCAUUAG